AUGUCUGUCUCCGUGCAGUUCACUUAUAUCAAAUAUGAUUUUCAGUUUAUUAAUCAUUCCUGUACUUCUGGAACAAGAUCAGGAAUAAAGAAGCUGAAAAGUCGUUUAUCGCUUAUUAUAACUUCUAAUUUCCCCGCCAUUCUCGAUUAUUUGGCAAAUUCAAUGGAAGAUUCAGUUUUUCUAUCAACACCGGUGAAUGCUACUUCAGCUGUUACUGUUCCUCAUAAAAUGGGACCUGUAAAAUUGCUGAAGCGUAGUGCUCGACGGUGUCUGUUUGGACGUCCGGAUCCGCAAAAUGUUGAUCAGUGGCUAACAAAGGAAUUAAGCGAAAUUCGACGCGAGCAGCAUCGGAGAUGGGGUUUUCUGUUCGGUCAUGAAAAUCCAUGUGCAUCUGCAAUCACCACCGAGUGGGAAUUCACUCCUGUCCCGGCCGAAUCAGUUCCUCAGUUCUAUCGCAGUUCCUAUUAUUUAUCCAGUCGUUGUACACCAACUGAAACUGAGAAUUGCGUGCCCUGUAGCAGUGGCGAAAAUAAUAACUGUAAUGUGGAUUCUCUGGCUACUUCUGUAUCAUCUGAUUGCUCAGGUCCAGAAAUACCGGUCCUUCCAGCUACAUCAAGUCUAACAAAAUGCAAAGAACAACGUAUAGCUGAGAAGCAAACAAAACUAAUCGCAUUUAUGAAUGUUGAUUCACGUAAGCGGUUGCGCCAGCAGACUCAGAAAGCUCCAUCAUCACCGAAAUCAAUACGUUUGAUCGGUCACUGCAGAUCGUUCAUAUAG